GUGACAGGUGACAUGCAUUCUGAUGCCGCUGUGAGAGAACCUCUCAGUGAAUUGUGCAGAAAAUACAAACUUACAGGAUGAAACUGGAAAAGGAAAAAGCCGAUAGAAGAGAGAAGAAGAAGAAGAAGUCCAAACACUCCUCUAAAGACCGAGACAAGGGGUCUGAGCUGAACGGCAAACACAAGUCCUCCUCGAAGAUGAAGCGGUCAGAGAGUCCGUCAGGAGUCCGCAGUCUGAUGUUGAUGAGUUUCAGCAGCGCAGUGAAAUAUGAAGCAGGAGAUUCUGACACACAUGAGGAUGUCAAAGUAGAUCCUGAUGAAAGAAAUGAUGGACGGCAGAAAUCAGGUUCUCCAGAAAUCAACAACAACAGAGAGAAGGCAGACGACGGUCACCAGUGUGACUCUCUGAAGAUGAAGAAGAAGAGGGUCAAAGAUGAGAAACAGGAGAAGAAUCAGUCGUCUUCGAGGAAAAGGAAGAAGACGAGUUCUGAACAUGAUAAAACAGAGAAGAAGAAGAUCAAGAAAGACGGAGAGCAGGAGGAGAAGAAGAAGGAAAGGGGGAAGAAGGACGAGGAGUCUGAGAAGUGGAAGUGGUGGGAGGAAGGAAAGUCAUCAGACACUCAGAAAUGGAGCAGUUUGGAGCACAAAGGACCGUACUUCCCUCCUGAAUACGAGCCGCUGCCUGAUAACAUCUGCUUUAAAUAUGACGGUCAGCCGGUGAAGCUCAGUCCUGUGACGGAGGAGAUCGCCACGUUCUACGCUAAGAUGCUGGAUCAUGAAUACACCAGUAAAGAUGUGUUUCAGAACAACUUCUUCAGCGACUGGAGGGAGGAAAUGACGAAAGAAGAGCGGAAGCAGAUCAAGACGCUCUCCAAGUGUGACUUCACUCAGAUCCACAAGUAUUUCGUGGAGAAGUCUGAGGAGCGUAAGAACAUGACGAAGGAGGAGAAGCAGGUCCUGAAGGAGGAGGCCAGCCGGCUGAUGGAGGAGUACGGCUUCUGUCUGCUGGAUGGACACCGCGAGAAGAUCGGGAACUUCAAGCUGGAGCCGCCGGGACUGUUCCGCGGACGAGGAGAACAUCCCAAGAUGGGCAAGCUGAAGAAACGCAUCCAGCCGGAGGACGUGACCAUCAACUGCAGCCAGGACUCGAAGAUCCCGACGCCCCCUGCAGGCCACCGCUGGAAGCGCGUGCAGCACGAUAACACGGUCACAUGGCUGGCGUCGUGGCUGGAGAACAUCCACGGACGACCCAAAUACAUCAUGCUGAACCCCAGCUCCAAACUCAAGGGCGAGAAGGACUGGCAGAAGUACGAGACGGCGCGGCAGCUGAAGAUGAAGGUGGACUCCAUCAGGAAACAGUACAGACGCGACUGGACCUCACGAGAGAUGAAGAUCCGGCAGAGAGGAGUCGCCAUCUACUUCAUCGACAAGCUGGCGCUGCGAGCGGGGAACGAGAAGGACGAUGAGUCUGCAGAUACGGUGGGCUGCUGCUCUCUGCGUGUGGAGCACAUCACGCUCCACCGGCGUCUGGACGCUCAGGAACACGUGGUGGAGUUCGACUUCCUGGGAAAAGACUCCAUACGCUACUACAACAAGGUUCCUGUGGAGAAACAGGUGUUCAAGAAUCUCAAGCUGUUCAUAAAACACAAGGAUCCAGAAGAUGAUUUAUUUGACCGAAUUACAACGGUCAAACUCAACAAAACCCUGAACGAGUGUAUGCCCGGACUGACGGCCAAAGUGUUUCGAACCUUCAACGCCUCGACCACGCUGCAGGAUCAGCUCAACAAACUCACCACAGAGGGCAUGACGGUGGAGGAGAAGAUCCUGUCGUAUAACCGAGCGAACCGAGCCGUGGCCAUCCUCUGUAACCACCAGAGGGCAGCACCCAAAACCUUCGAGAGGUCCAUGCAGCUGCUGCAGGAGAAGAUCCAGAAGAAAAAGGAGCAAAUUGAAGAUGCCAAAAAGGAGCUGAAGGAAGCAAAGAAAGCACAUAAAGACGCUCCGUCUGACAAAUCUAAGAAGCUGCUGGAGAAGAAGGAGAAGGCUGUUCAGAGACUCAGUGAUCAGCUGAAGAAGCUGCAGCUGCAGGAAACUGAUCGUGAGGAGAACAAGGUCAUCGCUCUGGGCACGUCCAAACUCAACUACCUGGACCCUCGCAUCAGCGUGGCAUGGUGUAAGAAACAUCAGGUGCCUAUCGAGAAGAUCUACAACAAAACCCAGAGGGACAAGUUUGCCUGGGCCAUCGACAUGACCGACGAGAACUUCCAGUUCUGAAGACCCCCCCGAGCCCCUGUGCUGGGAUUAUUUGUGUGCUUUUGUUUUUUGAAUCAAUCUGAUGAUGAAGAUGAUGAUGAUGAUAGUGUAAAGUAAAGCCUCUCGUACAUCA